GAUAAGCUUGUCAAAAAACGUCAUUACGACGAGUCGCCGAAUUCCGAUCAACGUUAUUUUGCAACAACUUUUACCGGCGAUAAACUUAUUUUAUAACGAUGGCUGCCCGUAAUAUUAUUAAACUUGGUGCGUUAGAAGCUCCCAGGACCGCGUUCCUUCUGUGCGACAUACAGGAAACUUUUAGGCCUCAUGUGAAACAUUUCGGCGAAGUUGUGAAAGUCGCUAAUAAAAUGAUGGAAGCAUCGAAGCACUUCAAAAUACCUGUAUACAUCUCCGAACAGUACCCCAAAGGUCUCGGUCACACGACAAAAGACAUUAAAGUGGACGAUGCAGCGUUAGUAUACGAGAAGACUAAGUUCUCUAUGUACACACCGGAACUGCAGGAACGGCUGAAGAAGGACAUACCUAACCUGGCCUCGGUGGUGCUUUUUGGUAUUGAGGCACACGUUUGCAUCGAGCAAACCGUCAUAGACUUGCUGAAUGAGGACCUGACAGUCCACGUGUUGGCCGACGGAGUGUCCUCACGAUCCCUGAUGGACAGAGGAUUGGCGCUGCAGCGCUUGCAAUCCCUAGGCUGCUUCGUCACAACCUCAGAGAAUGUGCUAUUCAAGUUGCUGAGCGACAAGCAGCACCCUGCUUUCAAGUAUAUCUCGAAACUUAACAAGGAACCCACUGUGGACACUCUUGGAUUCGAUGUUGUUUCUAAACUGUGAUAUUAUUAUAAUCAGAAAUACUAA